AGGGAAAUACAGCCCAAGUGUGUGUAUAUAAAAGGCUCGUCGUUCAAUCUUUUCUUAAGUCUCCAGCUACUGUUAACAUCUACCUGUCUACCUGUUCAACGAUGAGGGGUUGUGUUGCCAUUUGUGUAGGGUUGUGUGUGAUCAUCGCAUCAGUUGCCGCCGAUGGCCCACGGACCGAUGAGCUGUGUGCGGCCACCCUGUGCUCGUCCCAGCGGCCAAUCUGUCGUGUUGUCCUGCAGUGUCUCAGAUGUCCCCCACAGAGCGCCUGUCUAGACUGUGUACCCAAAGGAGUGGACGCUGUGUGUAACAGAAAUCGCUACUUUUAUGCCGUUCUUGUGGGAAGCGCCUAUGAUCCGAGGUCAUUGACCGCGCUGACCUGUAACCCUAACGUACCCAAUGACCUCUCCAACUGCCCCGACAACACCGUCUGCAUCCCCGACGACAUGGGGUCGGGGAACUGCUGUUUCGGCAAACCCGACCCCACCCUCCCCUACCAUGAGAUCCUCCCCACCACCCCAGUCUGCCCGCCGCCCAGGAACAGAUGUGGGCGCUGCCGGGACGGGUACGUCUGCAAGGAAAACGCCACCCCCUGCCGCGCCCCGCCUUGUCGGGCACCCACGUUCUCGUGUGUUCCAAUCAAUAAGCCUGGUAACUGUGCCGUGCUGCCUGCCUACGUCCCCUCAGACUGCCAGCCUCCCGUACGUCAGUGCCAGUACGACUACAACUGCCCCGGCAAUCUGAAAUGCUGUAACGAUCUUUGUUCCAACUUUAACUGUGUUCCCCCAUUCAGCAAAUAAAUCUCUGUAUGUUAGCAAACCAUCUGAUAGAAGAUCGUGUGUGUUGUAUUCAGAGGCGAAGCGAGGGGGUGCAUAUGUCCCUGGGCGCCAAACCUAGGGUGGCGCCAAAAUGGGUUGAAAAAAAAUUAAAAGCUCAUUUUAGCCGCAGUUUUGCAUUAUAAAUAUAACAAUAUAUGGGGGGGGCGCCAAAUUGAAAGUUUGUCCCCCGGGCGCAGGGAAGGGUCGCUACGCCUCUGGAUGUAUUAACAAUCAGUAGUAGAACUAUAAUGUGUUGGUUGGUGUUACCUCUGAAGAUGUAUCACAUUGUAUGUGUUGUUUUAUAUAUCGUCGACUUUGCUGUAAUGGUGUUCCAUAUAUCCGAAAUCAAUAAAUUUGUUCAUUGCAUUGUUUCAUUGAAAACAUCAUCGACUACUCCUCACCAUUACCAACUUAAUCCACCAUUAAUCCUCCCACCCACUGGACCACUGACAUCUUAAUCCACCGCUCUUAUCCUCCAACCAACGAAAACUGCUAUGAAAACACUUGACACCACUGUAGCUAGAACCAUAUACUUGCACCAUCAUCCUGGUGACCAUUACAUAACGACCACACACUUAACUAUCACCAUGAUCAGAGUUUCUUUCAGGCGGAGCCUUCCGCCCCCCCC